UUUAGAAGGUCGUUGCUAAGUGAAUACGUACACUUCCGGUCUGUUUGUUGUUCUUUUGGGUCAAUACAUGAAAAUAUGGCCACGAAUAAAAACAUAAACGAAUGUGGUUGGUUCUACCAUGCCCCUGCUAAACCAAAGGUACCAUCAGAGCCUGUGCCAUUACCUGCAACCUCACAAAUCCCAGGAUUGAAUGCUGAAAUAGAAGGACAAUACCAGGAUGAUCCAAUUAAACCAUUGUUUAGGGAGACAGAUUCUAAAUAUAUCAGACUGGCCAAACAGGGUGGUCGACAAAAUUUGUUACAGUUCAAAGAGAAUCCAAAUAUGCGUGAAAAAGCACCAAAAGGUUAUCCCAGACCUGAAUGGUUUUAUCUUGAGGAUAAUGCCCUGGAGGAUGCUGAAUUGAAAAGGACUGAACAAAUCAAUCAUGACAUUGAGUAUCAGUACAUGGUUCCUGAAUAUAUGGUCCAUGAGGAAUGGAAACCUGAAACAGAUUUCUACGAGAGACCCAGGAGACAACCCUUCUCCUUUGAUAGGUUAUCAGCAUUUGAGAGGGAUGGAGACAGAGUUACAGAUAAGACAGUUAAAUUACCAGAAGUUAAAAAACCUGGUUUUGGUGUUCGUAGUGCUAAGCCAUUAAAGACAAAACCAAGACCACAAGAAAGGACAAAACCAUCAACAGUAGCUAAACAGUCCCAGAUAGAACUGGAAAGACCUCAUCUUAAAUAUUUACCAUUACCUGAGGGAGAUACAAAUGGAAAUGGCAAACCGUCUAUGUCAAAGAUUCUAGGAUAUGAAUACGAGAAAAAAUGGCAUGAUGAUAUCAACAAAUGGCAAUUCAAACAAGACAAACUGAGAGUACAACAUAAAGCCAUGUUAAAUGAACAAGAAAAAGAACAAGGGGCAUCAGAAUACAGGUCAACCUUUGGCAAACCAGCAAGACCCCAAUAUGUUCAAGAAAAAGGAAGAAAAGUAUAUGAUACAAGAUCGUAUAAAUCACCAACUACAGACAAAGGAGUGAAUCAAGAAAAAGAAUUAUUCAAAUUAACAAGAUUUAAGAAUGUUGGUUCCAAGAUAGACUCUCACAAUCCACUAGUAACCUCAAAUUCAAACAGACCGGCAGUAGCCAGCCAUUAACCUGGGCGGAUAUGGCAUUUCAUUUCCAAAGACAGACAAUGGCAGGCCAUUGAAAUUAACAAUUACUGAAAAAUUUGAUAUCAUACAAAUGGACAAUCUUUGAAAUAUUUGUAUUACCUAGGAAUUUAUAUACCACAAACAAUUAACAAAAUUAAGUAUUAUCAAUCAGAGAUACUUUUCAACAAGAGCAAAUUGUGAAUGGUUUGCACUUGCAGUUUGAGAAAAAAAUUACAUAUAUAUGGUUUAUUUUGAGGGAUUUAUGUAUAGCUUACCAUUUAGUGCAAUUAUUUAACUAUGUAAUGAUUUAAAUGAAAACAUCUUUUAUUAGUGGUUGAGUAUUUGGUUGUUAAUUUUUUUUAUUUUGGUUUAGAAGUUGUUACGGCAGAUUGUAUAAUUUUUUAUUUUUUUUCCAUCAGUUAUAAAAAAACUAGUUUUAUCAAAUGCCUUGUUUCACAUCAUUUUAAAACUAUUUUUAGUCUUUUUCUAUUGCAUCAUUUUAGAAGGUUUAUUUUUAUAGUCGAAUGAUAAUUUAAUUUUUAGAAUUUUGAAUUUGAAAUGGGAGAUAAUUCAAGUUGGAAGAUUGUUGUAUAGGGGAGAUAAUUCCAGUUGAAAAUUGUCCCAAUGUUUAAAAUACAUUAUGAAGAUGUUGAGUAUGCAUGUAUGAUUAUUUCUAUUGGAAGUCAAAUUAUUGUCAAAAGAAAGUAUUAUUUUAUAUUUUGACUUUUCAUAUAUUAUACUUUUAUAUUAUAAGAAAAUUACACGUGCUGAAUUUUCCUUAUAUUUGUUAAAAUAUAAUUUUUGUAAAAAAGAGUUUAUGUACUAAAUUAUAUUUUGCAUUUGAAGUUGUUGUGCAAUUUUGAAUGUAUAUGAAAUAAAGAAAGAAAGAUAAAAGUG